AGCAGAAGAAACUGAACAUGAUGGCAUCUCCAAAGUUUGUCUUCUAUCUGACAUGCCUGUUCUUGGGAAAAAUGGCUCAUACGAGUGAUCUGAAACACUCCUCAUCUGUUCGUCAAGAGAGACGAUUUGUAUCAUCACAUGUUGGAGACAACGUGACUUUGCAAUGUUUCUAUGACGGUGAAGAUGCUGCAUGGCUUUACUGGUAUAAACACUCUCUAGGACAGGAACCAAGGCUCAUCGCUUCCUUCUAUGUGUAUGAUAGAGUCACUUUUUCUCAUGAAUUUCAGAAUGAUCCACGCUUCACACUGGACACUGAAAACACUGCAAAUCACUUGACAAUUUCAAAUUUGCAGAUUUCAGACUCAGCUACUUACUACUGCGCAAGUAGCUAUGCAUAUGUGUUUACCUUUGCAGCAGGUACUUCUCUCAGUGUAAAGGGUUCAGGUUUGAGCGUCCCAGCUUUGGUCCAUCAGUCAGCAUCUGAGACCAUCUGGCCAGGAGGCUCUGUGACUCUGAACUGUACAGUACACACUGGGAGCUGUGAUGAUGGAGAACACAGUGUUUACUGGUUCAAAAACUCUCAAGAGUCUCAUCCAGGACUCAUUUACAGCCAUGGAGGCAGGAAUGAUCAGUGUGAGAGGAAACCUGACACACAAACACACACCUGUGUCUACAACCUGCCGAUGAAGAGCCUGAAUCUUUCUCAUGCUGGGACCUACUACUGUGCUGUUGCCUCAUGUGGACACAUACUGUUUGGAGAUGGGACCAAGCUGGACUUUAAAGAUCAGGCAGACUUAGUGUAUUUCUUGAGUGGAACGUCGACAUUCACCACCAUCCUGAGUGUGUUACUGGCUGUCUCAGUGUGCAUGAUGAACAAGAGAAACAGCUGCAAAUCUUCAGAGUCUGAAGCAACGUUCCAAGCUCCCUCCACAGCAGAUGCACAGGGUUACCAACGUGCAGAAAAACUCUAUUGUGCUGCUCUAAGUGUCAACCUGUUCAACAGAUCAAGAAGACAGAGGGAUCAGACCUGGAGUGAAUGUGUGUACUACAGUGUAAAGCAGUAGAACUGGACAUGUAACAUCUGUACUUUGAGUAAGACAGGAUGUUCUUAGUGCCUCUUUUGACAUGUAAUGUACAUUUAUAUCUACCUUUGAAAUAAAUAUGCUCUU